AUGGCCCCCCAAUCAUUGCCUAGCCACCCUCUUGGUCGAAAUGGCCCUGUCGUUCCCAGGCUGGGACUUGGACUGAUGGGUAUAAGCGCUUUUUACGGAGACGCCAAACCCGAGGCCGAGCGCAUGGCUUUUCUGGACAAGGCGUAUGAGUUGGGAGAAUGUUUCUGGGAUACUGCGGACAUGUACGGUGAUUCCGAAGAACUCAUAGGACGCUGGUUCAAAGCCAAUCCCGAAAAACGGGAUGACAUCUUCCUUGCCACCAAGUUUGCCAACAAGUUUUCGGAAGACGGGUCUUUGAGCAUUGAUAGCACGCCAGAAUACACUCUAUCGGCCUGCGACAAGUCCCUCAAGCGCCUUGGUGUCUCGUCUGUCGAUCUGUACUACUGCCACCGGCUGGACCGGAAGACACCCAUCGAGCUUACUGUUGAGGCCAUGGUACAGCUUAAAGAGGCUGGCAAGAUCAAGUAUCUUGGACUUUCCGAGUGCAGCGCCACGUCCCUCCGCCGCGCACACGCCGUCCACCCCAUCACCGCAGUGCAAAUGGAAUACUCACCAUUCUCGCUGGAGAUCGAGUCGUCCCAAUUCAAGCUUCUCGAGACGGCGCGUGAGCUAGGCGUCGCUGUUGUCGCAUACUCGCCACUCGGCCGCGGCCUCCUGAGCGGAACAUUGCGUUCGCCGGCCGACUUUGGCCCUGGAGACUUUCGCGCACUUCUGCCCAGGUUCACCGAGGAGAACUUUCCCAAGAACUUGGCCCUUGUGGACAAGAUACAAGAAAUUGCCAAGGCCAAGGGAGUCACGGCCUCGCAGCUGACACUGGCUUGGCUUCUGGCCCAGGGCGACGACAUCUUCCCUAUUCCUGGAACAACCAGGCAGGACCGAUUGAUUGAGAAUUUGGAUAGUUGUAAGGUGAAGCUGAGUGAUGAGGAGAAGAAGGCGGUGAGGUCGGCAGUAGACAAUGCUGAGGUCGUGGGUGGUCGAUAUCCUGAAGCUAUGAGUAGUUCUAACUUUGCUGACACCCCAGCACUGGAUUAG